AUGAGCACCGUCCGCGCCAUGGAAGAAGAGACGCUUCCUUAUUACAAACCUGAACAGUUCUACCCUGUUCAUAUGGGUGAAGUCCUUGGCUCUGGAUACAAGGUCUUAGGAAAACUUGGCUAUGGGGCAUAUUCUACGACCUUGGUCUGUCUUCUGCACGCUCUCGAUUUCCUUCACAGUGAGGCAAAUGUUGUCCAUACGGAUAUCAAGGCUUCGAAUAUCAUGCUUAGCAUUGAGGAUGAAGCAAUUCUUGCAGAAUUCGAGAAGGAUGAGAAAGGAAAUCCGAGCCCUCGAAAAGUUGUCGAUUGUAAUCGCACGAUAUACAGCUCCCGGAAGCUUCCAUGGCCGAGCAAUAGCCCAUGGGGUCAGCCUGUCUUGUGCGAUCUUGGAGCAGCUAGGAUCGGCGUUUCUCACAAAGGGAAUAUUCAGCCUGAGAUCUACAAAGCCCCCGAGGUGCAUUUUGAUAUGCCGUGGAGUUCUAGCGCGGAUAUAUGGAAUGUCGGCGUCAUGAUUUGGGAUAUUUUUGAAAACAAGCAUUUGUUUGAUGCGCUUGAUGAAGACAAGGAAUACUCUCCUUCUCAUCAUGUUGCUGAAAUGGUUGCGUACCUCGGGGCUCCACCCCUCCAUUUUCUUCAACGAAGCGAAGAAACACUGAACGUUUUUGAUGAGAAUGGUAAAUGGCUGGGUGCCGGUGGUGUCUCCGUACCGUCCAUGUCUUUGGAGGAAUCGGAAGAAAAUCUCAGCGGACAAAACAAACAGCAGUUCCUUCAAUUCAUUCGGUCAAUGUUGCAGUGGGUUCCUGAGGAGAGAAAGACGGCGAAAGAAUUACUAGAUGAUCCUUGGCUGAAUUCCACCAAUUAG